AUGAGUGAGAAUUUAGAAUAUGUAGAAGAAAUGCUUGCUGUACCCGAAAGUGCUGAAUAUGAGCAAAUAAACCAAGCAAACCAAGUAAUAUCCGAAUGGUCAACAACUUGCAAUGUUAUUGUUGAUGGAGCUCUUAUUCUAUCGCGGAACACCAAUUUACUAGUCAGACAACGAGUUGCUUCUGCAAUGGUAAACCAAAUACAGUUCCAAUGGGGUUCUAUUCAGCCAGAUGUCAGAAAUGAUAUCAAAAAAACUUUAAUUGCUUCAGUACGCGCUUUACAAGAUAAUAAAUUAACAUUAAGGUCUCUUUGUAUAGUCAUUUCUAGAAUUGCUUGCUAUGAUUUGCCAACAGAAUGGGAUGAUUUCUUUGAAUUUUGUUUUAUUAAUGAGUCAAUGCCAGUUGAAAUUCAACAAGCAAAUAUGCUGAUUUUAGCCCGAUACUCGAAAGAAGUUAAUUGUACAAAAUUAAUUACACAAAAUCACAGAAUUCAAGUUCGUGAGCAAUUAAUACAAUUCGAACUACAAAUAGAAGAUUCUGUAAAGCUUGGAUUCCAAACUCCUGAAAUUGCUCCUUCAGCUCUUAAAUUAUUGCUUUCAUUACUAAGAUGGACACAAAAAUACGAGAUGAUCAACAAAGAACUAGUUCAUAAAUUAUUGUUUGACUUCUUACCCAAUGAAAUAAUUCAAAAAACUGCAAUUAAAUGUUUGAGAACCAUAUUUAUUGAACGAAAUGACACAUUUAACUACUAUAAUGAGCUUGCUCCUAUUGUUAUCAUAGCUCUAAAUACUCUGAAAGACCCUGUAAACCCUUCUCUCGCAAUAACUCAUUCGAAACUUGUCAAAAUCUUCUUAAUUGACUUCAUGGGACAAUUUUUACCGAUAAUACGAAUAUUUUCACUUACUUCGCCCGCUACUGUGAAAGAUGAGCAAAUUAUUAAAGAAUUUAACACGGCAAGGGACGAAGAAAUAUCAGUUAUAGCAGAUUAUGGCUUUAAGUUCGAAGAAUACGCUCAAAUGAUCGUUGAUUCUUUUAAUAUUAUUUUGUCAUUAGAUAUUGAAGAAGUAGAGGACAAUUUCUGGGAGUUAUGGCAUCAGAUCUUCCAAGAUAUCAAGCAAGAAUCGUACAGACACUCAAAAAUCAGUUACGAACCCGUAAUUUUGAUGCAAAUCAGCACUUUCUUUGAUCCAAUGAUGAAUGUGAUCAGAGAAAACAUUUAUAGACUCCUUCCAGCAGCUGCAGAUGAAGAUGUGAACUGUUCUGCCAAAGCCAAAGUUUGUUUUGCUGCAUUAGCCAGUUUGGACAACCAAAAGAUGAUGGAAUUCUUGAACAACCAGCCUCACGAUGUAUCUUUCUUCUUCGCUCUAUGUAGUUUCGAUUAUUUGUACGAUAGUUCUGAAUUAUUAGACGAUAUCGGAACGACAACUAUGAACUACCUUGAGGAAAUUAAUGAGGAUUCGGACCCUGAUAUUAUUUGCGCUCUUAUGGGUAUGUGCGCUAGACUUUCUUUGUAUUUAUCUUCAAAUAAUGAAAACUUUUCAAGGGUUAUCUCAUUUUUGAUCGGAUCACUUGACAGCCAGGAAUUAAAGGUAAGGAACAGUGCCGCUUCUGCCCUAAUCAGAGUCAUCCAGAACUCAUUAAAUUAUUUGACAGGAAAUACAACACAGUUAACUCAAAGUGUCAUAGAAGAAAGUGAAAAGCUAAUGAACAACUUGGACUCCACAUCGAUGAAAUAUGUUUUCGUCGCUUGUUCGAUGCUGAUUCGAACAGUAACUGACCAAAAAGAGGUCAACCAGAUCAUGGAUACCCUGUAUCAGCCAGUAAUUGAUGCCCUCGCAGUGUUCUUCGAUAGCCCAGAGAACAACAAACGAAAGGCAAUCGAUGCUUUGGAUAUAAUUUUGAAUUGCAUCAUCCAGAUUCCAGCAUACGGCCAACACUAUGCGGAAAUAUUCGUUCCAGCCCUCAUGCAACUUGCCGAAAACGUUUUCAAGGACGUCCAAUACUCCGAAAUCUGCGAUUACCUUUUGGCCGCACUUGCGAACAUCAUUGCUGUCUUGAAUUACGAAGAUGGAAUUGAGUACUUCAACCAGGUUUUGUCAAUGGUCAGCCAAUUUGGAGUUGCAGUUGGAGAUUCCGUUUUCAAGUUCAUUGCAGUGGUAAGGAACGAACAUGACCAGAUAGAAGAGAUGUGGCCUGACAUAUACAAGACAUUUGUCGAACCAGUUAUGGCAAAUGACCCUCCUCCAAUUGAAGCUCUCGCAAUUAUGAUGAAAAACUUCACUGUUUCAUCACUUGGAUUCGAUUUCGUUGUUGAUAUAAUGAAGAGAGGCAUCGAGGCAUACGAAGCAAAUACAAACGAUGCAGCAAUUGGCAUGUGGAACAGAAUUGCGUUUUAUGAGUACGAUUCGAACAUCAAAAAUGAUAUUAUUACAGCUAUAAGUGAUAUUAUAUUACCUACAGCGUUCCAAUCUGUAUUCGAUAUGACUCAUUCGGCUUCUCUUGACUCAAUUUGCCAAUUUAUUUCAGAUCAAGUCAGAUACCUCAAAGAUCUUUCAGCAACUCAGCAUGCCAAGGAAGUAUUGCUAGAUUUCUUCCCAACAAUCGUUCCGGAGCCAACAGAAAACUUGUAUUCUAAUUUCUUGAAUUUUAUCUUUGACAUGUCGACCCAACAGUUCAAGAUAUAUACGGCCAUUCAAUCUCUGAUAUCGUCAAUGAGAGUUGUGUCCCCUGUCGAUGCAGAUCAGUUCAAAAUUGUCAAAAGAAGUAAUUUCUUCUCAAUGUUGUUCCCAUUCAUGUUUGGAGCCUUGUUUGAACCAUUCGGAGAGGCUGAGCCACUUCAAAUUGGAGGUCCUGUCUUCCUUUCUGCUCCAUUUGAAUUUAUUACGAAUGAUGAUAAAAAACCAGCAAUAACAUCAAGUCAGGAUUCAACGAAUUAA